GCUCGUGGCACCUGCUUCCUGCUGCCUCAGAAAUGUCUUCGCUGUCAGAAUACACCUUGAGCAUGAGCCGGCUGAGUGCCCAGCUGUUCGGUGAGGUCGCCAGGCCCAGGGACACCGAUUCCAUGAAGGUGGUGAAGCUGUUCAGUGAGCAGCCCUUGGCCAAGAGGAAGGAGACUUAUGACUGGUACCCCAAUCACAACACGUACUUUGCUUUCAUGGGCACAAUACGCUUCUUGGGCCUCUACAGAGACGAGCACCAGGACUUUAACGAUGAGCAGCUGCAACUAAAGAAGCUUUGUGGAAAGGGGAAACCAAGGAAAUGAAAAGGGAAAAGAGCCA